GUCACGUCACUCUUGCUUUCUCUGUACACAAACAACCCAGACAGCCCACACACCAAGCCUAAAGCCUAAGCCUUCCCCAAAAAAAUUCUUUGCUUUUCGCUCCAUUUUCCCUGUGCUUUUCUCGCCAACCAAGCAGAUUUUCCGACCAGUUUUAUCUCCUAGCUUGUACAUGGCCACUAAAUUGUGCCACAACGGCUUUCUAUCACCAAGCUCUUCAAAUCCAUGGCAUUCGCGGAUGCCGGCUAGAAAAUAUUAUUCUGGAAAUAAGGUGGUUGAUUUGGACCAUCUAUUAAGUAACUGGGGUUAUUCAAGGAAGAGAUGCUUUAUAAGACUUGCUUUGUUAGAGCACAAUAAUGGUUACAGUCUUAAUCUCCGAGCAGUGGGACAUAGGAAAUGCUAUCUAAACUUUCGAAAAGCAAGGAGGAUGGUUAACCUAGUUCCGCUUGCAUCUGCUGAUGAUGGUGUCACAGUCAACGGGAGUCCUCAAGCAAGUACCAGUAGGGAUGUUGAGGCCAUAAAGGUCAAACUUAAUCAAUCACUUAAUGGUGAAGAUUCUAGCGAUGGACUUGUCCAAUUUUUACAUGAAGCAGCCAGGGUUUUUGAGUUAGCAAUUAAGGAACAGGGUUCAUUCUCAAAGUUAUCUUGGUUUUCAACUGCAUGGCUUAGUGUAGACAAAAACGCCUGGGUCAAAGCACUGUGUUAUCAGGCUUCAGUGUAUUCCUUAUUGCAAGCUGCAAGCGAGAUUGCAUCCCGAGGGGAUGGUAGAGACAGAGAUAUAAAUGUUUUUGUCCAAAGGAGUUUAUUACGACAAUCUGCUUCCCUUGAGAGCUUAAUCCGGGAUCAACUAUCAGCCAAGCAACCUGAAGCUUAUGAGUGGUUUUUCUCUGAGCAAGUUCCAUUGGUGGUAACAUCCUUUGUUAAUUAUUUUGAAGGGGACUCUCGCUUUACUGCUGCAACUAUUGCGUCUAGGAAGGGAACACUCUUGGGGUCUAGCAACACAAGUGACAUAUCUCUCCUCAUGCUUGCACUGACAUGCAAUGCGGCAAUUACAAAGCUUGGGCAAGCAAAAGUAUCUUGCCCUCAAUUCUUUUCAACAAUUCCUGAUAUAACUGGCAGAUUGAUGGACAUGCUGGUUGAUUUUAUUCCUAUACGCCAGGCUUAUCUUUCUGUAAAGGAUAUUGGUCUGCGCAGAGAGUUCCUUGUUCAUUUUGGUCCUCGAGCUGCAACAUGUAGAGUGAAAAAUGAUCGAGGUUCAGAAGAAGUUGUUUUCUGGGUGGAUCUUGUACAGAUGCAGUUACAGCGAGCUAUAGAUAGGGAGAGAAUAUGGUCAAGACUUACAACCUCUGAAAGUAUUGAGGUAUUGGAGAGGGAUCUGGCUAUAUUUGGAUUCUUUAUUGCCUUGGGUAGAAGCUCUCAAUCCUUUCUAUCAGCAAAUGGAUUUGAUGUUUUAGAUGAACCACUUGGAGGCUUUGUUAGGUUCCUGAUUGGGGGCAGCAUCUUAUACUAUCCUCAGCUUUCAUCAAUAAGUUCCUAUCAAUUGUAUGUAGAGGUAGUCUGUGAAGAGCUGGACUGGCUUUCAUUUUAUCCUGGCAAUUCAGGCACCCCUAAACAGUCUCAUGGGCAUAAAAGUAAAUGGGAAGGACCUCCCAAUGCAGAAGCAAUCCCCCAGGUCCUAGAAGUAUGUCUUCAUUGGAUGCAGAGUUUUAUCAAAUACAGUAAAUGGCUGGAGAGCCCUUCUAAUGUUAAGGCAGCGAGAUUCUUGUCUAGAGGGCACAACAAAUUAGUGGAGUGUAUGGAAGAACGGGGUUUAUUGAAGAAUGAAAAGAUGAAAAGCUAUUCCGAUAACACUGUUGAGAGGACUAGAUCUGGAACUCGUCCACCAACUGAGAAAGAAUUGGAUUCUUUUGACAGGGCCUUGGAGAGUGUUGAAGAAGCGGUGAUAAGACUAGAAAAGUUGCUUCAGGAUUUGCAUGUGUCAAGUUCUAACUCAGGAAAAGAGCAUAUAAAAGCUGCUUGUUCUGACCUUGAGAAGAUAAGGAAGCUCAAGAAAGAGGCUGAAUUUUUGGAGGCGUCCUUUAGAACCAAAGCAGCUUCCCUUAAGGAGGAAGGUAAUCGCUCCCGGUCUUCUAUUAACAAGCAGCAACAGUUCCUUAUAGGGAAAAACAGAAAGAAUGGUAACAAAAUGAUUGAUGGGGGCAACAGAGCUUCCAGUAACUCUCGCGGAUUGUGGAGCUCCUUUAUGCGCCCUCCAACCAGAAAGUCCAAUCCUGAGUUGAUCGUGGAAGAACCUGAUAAUGAAUUUGUUGAGCAGACUGCUUCAAAUAUUGAUUUUGAAGACCCAGAAUCAACUAAAAUCCAGCGUUUUGAACUUUUAAGGAAUGAGCUGAUAGAACUUGAAAAGCGGGUGCAAAGGAGUGCUGAUCAAUCAGAAAAUGAGGAUAUUAAGCCUGCUGAUGAUAGUUCUACGUAUGAGGAUGACAUUGGAGCUACUCAACUAGUCCAAGUUCAGAAGAAAGAGAAUAUCAUUGAAAAAUCGUUUGACAAGCUAAAAGAAGCUAGCACGGAUGUGUGGCAAGGAACUCAAUUGCUAGCUAUUGACACUGCUGCUGCUACGGGGUUGCUUAGAAGGGUCUUGAUUGGAGAUGAACUGACAGAAAAAGAAAAGAAAAUUUUGCGAAGAACUCUGACCGACUUAGCAUCAGUUUUUCCUAUUGGUGUCUUAAUGCUUCUUCCUGUCACUGCUGUUGGACAUGCAGCUAUGUUGGCUGCUAUUCAGAGAUAUGUACCAGCUCUGAUACCAUCGACCUAUGGACCAGAAAGAUUGGAUCUCUUGAGGCAGGUUGAGAAACUGAAGGAAAUGGAAAGCAGUGAAGACAGUUCCAACGAAAGCAUGGAGGAACUAGCUUGAGUAGAAGCAAUGCUGAUUAUGUACAGUUGUCCAUACUCAAAAUAAAUUUUCGAAUCCGAGGCACUCCGGGUAGGCACCAGUGGCUGCAAUCUUGUGGAGCAUCGGCUGGGGUCCCUGGCUCACGAUACUUUGAAGGGUGACCAUCCUUCCUGAACUCUGUUAGAUAUGUGAUGUUUAAGAACUGGACCUUCCAGUUUUCAUAUUCCAUCUGUUUGAUUGAUUCAGAUAUGUAUAGAUUAUUCACUGGGUCAGCUUCAAGAUUUUUGUAGUCUGUUUCUGGCUCCAAAUAGGGAUCGCAAAGUCCCCCUUCGUUCCAUGUCCCGUUCCUGCAAUUUACAUGUUAAAACCUCUUAGACUCAUUAAUUAUCAAUUCCUUAAUUUAGGCCAUGCAUGGUGGCAACUGUUAAGGAAUAGAAAGUUGUAAAGUCACCAAACUACACUGACUGCAUUUCAUUCUUUUGGGAUCCAUAGUGUUGAAGAAUGUAAAUGGAAAAUUUUCGUCCUCGACUUUAACUA